AUGGCCGUUCCCAACAUCAAGCUGAACAGCGGCUUUGACAUGCCACAAGUGGGCUUCGGUCUAUGGAAGGUUGACAACGCCAUUGCAGCCGACACUGUCUACGAGGCCAUCAAGGCCGGCUACCGCCUGUUUGACGGCGCCUGCGAUUACGGCAAUGAAGUCGAGUGUGGUCAGGGUGUUGCCCGUGCCAUCAAGGAGGGCCUCGUUAAGCGUGAGGAGCUCUUCAUUGUCUCCAAGCUCUGGAACACCUUCCACGAUGGUGAGCGCGUAGAGCCCAUCGUCAAGAAGCAGCUCGCCGACUGGGGCGUCGACUACUUCGACCUCUACCUCAUCCACUUCCCCGUCGCCCUCGAGUACGUCGACCCCUCCGUCAGAUACCCCCCUGGCUGGCACUACGAUGGCAAGUCCGAGAUCCGCCCCUCCAAGGCCUCAAUUCAGGAGACCUGGACUGCCUUGGAGAGCCUCGUGGAGAACAAGCUCUCCAAGAGCAUUGGGGUCUCCAACUUCCAGGGCCAGCUCCUCUACGAUCUCCUUCGCUACGCCAAGAUCCCUCCUGCUACUCUGCAGAUCGAGCACCACCCCUACCUCGUCCAGCCAGAUCUGAUUAAGCUGGCUGCCAACGAGGGCAUUGCCGUCACUGCCUACUCUUCAUUCGGCCCUGCCUCCUUCAAAGAAUUCAACAUGGAGCACGCCACCGACUUCGUUCCCCUCUUCGAGGAACCCACCGUCACGGCCAUUGCCAAGAAGCACAACAAGGAGCCUUCCCAGGUCCUUCUCCGCUGGGCUACCCAACGCGGUCUUGCCGUCAUUCCCAAGACCAGCCGCAAGCAUGUCCUCGCCCAGAACCUUUCCGUCACCGACUUCGACCUCGAGCAGUCCGAGAUCGACAAGAUCAGCUCCCUUGACAGGAAGACCCGCUUCAACCAGCCCGCAAACUACUUCCCCACUGAGAAGCUUUGGAUCUUUGGCUAA